AUGGCAUCAGCGUCCUUCUUGAUUGAACAGAAGAGCCUUGCAACUAGCAAACCCACCAAGCCAGGCGCAUGGCCCCAUCACUUCAUUCCUGCAGCAUUGCGAACAUAUGCUCGCUUGGCUCGUGUCCACAGGACUGUAAGAUUUUGGCUUGUGGCUUGGCCGCAAAUGUGGGGAAUUGCUUUGGCUGCGCCGCCUGGUAAGCUUCCGGAUCUGAGCCUGAUGUGGGUGCUCGCUUGGGCUUCGUUCUUCGCAAAAGGGUUGGGCUGCACCAUCAAUGACAUAUUGGAUCGGGAUUUUGAUUCCAAGGUACAACGGACAAAAUCAAGGCCAAUCGCAAGUGGACUUCUCACGCCUUUCGAGGCAGCUCUAUUUCUUGUCUUUCAACUCUUACUUUACAUUCGUGCUCUCUCACUAACAAACACAUUUUGUUUGGGUGUUGGAAUGGCAGCACUGUUACUGGUUUUCUCUUACCCAUUGAUGAAGAGAAUGACAUAUUGGCCUCAAGCAUAUCUGGGCUUGACCAUGAACUGUGGAGUCUUAAUGGGUUGGUCAGCGGUUAAAGGGAGCUUAAGCCUUGUUGACAUCUUCCCAUUAUACACUGCUGGCGUAUUUUGGACUAUCAUAUAUGACACUAUAUAUGCACAUCAGGAUAAGAAUGACGAAGUGAAAGCUGGUGUAAAGCCCACAGCCUUAAGGUUUGGAGAAUCAACAAAGAGUUGGAUAAGUGGAUUUGGAGUUGCCUCCUUUACUUUCUUCCUCCUCACUGGAUACACAGCUAGCUUUGGUUGGCCAUACUAUGCAUUUUUGGCAGCUUCAGCUGCCCAACUAUUGUGGCAGAUUUGGACCCUUGACAUAUCAAGACCUCAAGACUGCGAAAAAAAGUUUCAAUCAAACAAGUACUUUGGAGCUCUCGUCUUCCUCGGGAUUUUGAUCGCGAAACUCAUGCAGUGA